UACUUGGGCGGUGGGGGAUAUAAGGGCUUGUGGAAUCACAUGGUUUUGGCACUUUGCACAUCACGCAAAAAUAAUUUCGGUGCACAGCAGGGAUGAGCCGGGUUCCCCGAAAUCCGACCCGAGGAAUUUUCGAAAACCCGUCCCAUCACUGGUGCACAUUCUUACUCGGGAUCGGGGCAAUUUUUCCAGUCACAAUUUUAUUGUGUUCUAUUCAAAAUCCCUUUUAAAAAUUUUUUUUCAGGUCCCUUCCAAUUAAAAAAAUUUUUUUCUUCAAUUUUUAAUGGAAGAGGACAAUGCUAACGACAUAAUAAAAUGGUUAUUUAAAGACAAAACACAAGUUGACUGUAAAGGAAUUGUUGAAAUGAGUGGGGAUGGAGCGAGGAAGACGAAAUGGGAGGCAAGACUGAAAGGAAACUUGUUGGCUUUGGAAGCUGUUGAUUUUACGGCAGAGCCAAUUCUGUUUGUCUGCGAAAAACUUGAAUUUUGGCCUUCAAAUAAAUCACAAAAUGGAUUGAGUUUAAGACAAAACAGCAAAGAAUUUUUGAUGGAAUUUGUUGGGGGAGAUUGUGUGGAUAAAUGGGCAAUGCAGUUGGGCGUUUGCUCUCACAGAGUUACCCAGGCUGAAUAUGAACAAGCUCUUUUUUCUCAUUAUUCACACGAUGCUUCCAAAACUGGAUGUUCUCCUCCCUCCCCGUUCAGUUCUUUUCUUCUUUCUCAAUUAGCAAAGGAACAAACUUUCAAUCUUUUCCAGUCAGCAAACAUUCCAAAUAAAAAAGUUGUGUUAAAAGAAGCAAUGUACGAGACAAGACUUUCAUUUUUAAUUCCUCAAGAAAUGAUUAAAUUAUCGUUAAAAUGGACAAGUGAAAUGCGUGAUGAAUUACUGGACAAACUUUGGGGAAUUAAAAAUUCAACAAUGUUGGAUACUUUACAUAUGUUUGUUAGACAUUUGAAUUCUAAUAUUGAGAUUCACACACAGGCCUCAGAAUUUUUGGAAAAUUAUUUGGGACCUUCUUUCAGACCUUCAGUAGAAAAAUAUCGUCUCUCAUUUCUUCACGUUCCAACAAAUUUACAUGUACAAAUGUUUUAUAUAGACAGUAAAAAUGUUGGAAAUUUUGUAACUUCAGGAGCAUUAACAGCAAUGCCUUUGCGUUAUUCUAAUGGAGGGAUGUUUAAUUUAAGAAACAAAUUUCUAUCCAACUUAACACCCCAAGCAAUUGACCAAACAGAUGAAGGACGUUUUUAUAGACGAAAACAGACCUUAAUUAAAUUAAAAAGAAUGAUUGGAGAAUUAAGUAGAAGAAUUGAUAUUGAAUGGAAAAUAAAUGAAAAGGGGGUUAAUAGUGCUGAUAAAAUUGUUGUUGGAAUUUUUGCUGAGUCUAAACAGGUUUUUAAUUUUUUUGGAUAUGCUAGGAAUUUUUAAGGAGGUUGAGGGUGUUUUAAGAAAAUUUUUGGAAACAAAAAGUUUAAUGUUUUGGAAGUCCCAUUCCUUUUUCUUAAUUUUUCCUUGUCCAGUUUUUUUUUCUUUUUUCCUUCUCUCAUUUUUCCCUUAUUUUUCCUAUUUAAUUUUUACUCGUGUCAGUCCUAAAAAUUUUCGACGCAAAAAACAGGUCCGCAACUUUCAAGUCCCCAACUUUCAGGCCACG